GAGUACUCAUUUUUGCAUUUAAGCUAUCCUCUCCGGCCAAGCUGGAGAAAAUGGCGGUUGAAAUCAGACGACUCGCCGCAGCACCGCUACCGUUCCGGCGGUAUUCCACACCGUCCCCGUGGCGUGUAUCAUCUCCUUCAACUUCAACCAUUCCUCGUCGUUUCGUAGCGCUCGCAGCUGUUAAGAAGAGCCCUAAACGCCUCAAAUACUCCACGCCUCGCUUCACUAAGGAGGGUGGAUUGUUGUACGUCGAAGUUGAUCCGUUCGGAUCGGACUCGUGGAAAUUGGACUCGAUCGUUGAGCUACUCAAGGAAGGAGCCGUUGGAGUUAUCCCUACCGAUACUGUGUAUGCUAUAGCUUGUGAUUUGAGAAACAACUCAGCCAUCGAACGUCUGCGUAGAAUCAAGGAUAUAGAACCUUCAAAGCCUCUUAGUCUGCUAUGCCGCUCAUUCAAAGACAUUGACACAUAUACGACUGGAUUUCCUCGUGGCAAUGGCCAAGGUCUUGCAAACAUCUUUCGAGCUGUCAAGCAAUGCCUGCCUGGUCCAUAUACUUUCAUUUUGACUGCUAGUAAAGCAUUGCCAAAACAAUGUAUACGAUAUGGGACUACAUCUUCAAAGUAUGCAUCAAGAACAAAUGUAGGUGUUCGCGUUCCAGAUGAUGCUGUGUGCAAGGCGAUACUGGAGAAAAUGAAUGCACCUUUAAUAUCUACUAGUGUGAGAUCACCAAGAGAGGAUGAAUGGAUAUUAGAUCCAGUCAUAAUAGCUGAUGUGUAUGGACCAGAGGGACUUGAUUUUGUUGUUGCUGCUGGGACCAGACUAGCUGAGCCAUCUACUGUUGUGGACAUGACUGGGAGUUCACCUCAAAUUAUACGGCAAGGAAAGGGCCCGAAACAGCCAUGGAUGGUUGCAGAAGACGGAGAAGAUCCUUCAGGCGAAAACGCAGCAUAAAAAGUAAUUACUCAAUUACUAAAAGGAGCUUUGUACAGUGUAAAACUUUCUUGGUUAGUCACUUCUCCUUAAUGGCUUCAAUUUUCCUUUUGAUGAUUCAAAUUUAGGCCUGCAGUUUUGUUAUCAAAAUCAAAGUCAUUUUAUAUUGAUCAAAUUCAAUUGUUGUUAAAGUAA